AUGCGCGUCUCCGCCAUCCUCACCCUCGCCUUCGCGGCCUACGCCUCCGCGUCCGCCAGCUACAACGACUGCCACUGCUACGACAGCAACGGCGUGCCCAACAACGGCGCGACCAAGUCCGUGUGCGACCACUUCGGCGGCAGCAUGAUCAAGGCGGAGCGCGAGUACGGCGCGAGCACGACGUACCAGGAGGGUUAA